CUGCCAGGGAGCUGGUCAUCCCGCUCCACGAGGGCCAGGCCUGCUACUACUCGGCUUCUCACCACUUCUGCUACACCAACACGCGCAUCCCGCAAUGGCACGAGAUAUGGACAAGGAUGCAGAUCCGGGUCAACAGCAGCCGGAUGAUCAGAGUCACCCAGGUGGACAGCGAGGAGGAGCUGGAGGAGUUCAGCAUGUGGAAUGUGUUCUCCUUCCUGAAGGAGAAGCUGAACGACACCAGCAUCGAUGUGGAUCUCUACAGCAACAAAACCUGCCUGAAGGUUGAGCUGCUGGAUGCUGACACCAUGUACUGCGUCAUCCUCUUCCGACGCUUUGACCCUAAGCUGUUCCUGGUUUUCUUCCUGGGCCUAUUGUUGUUCUUCUGUGGGGACAUGCUGAGCAGGAGCCAACUCUUCCACUACUCGGCCGGGAUUAGUUUUGGCUUGCUGGCCUCGCUGCUUAUCCUUGUCUACAUGAUGUCCAAGGUCAUGCCCAAGAAAAGUCCUGUUUACUUCCUGCUGGUAGGAGGCUGGUCCUUCUCCCUGUACCUGCUUCAGCUGAUCUUCAAGAACCUCCGGGAGAUCUGCAAGUCCUACUGGCAGUACCUCAUAGGUAGGCGUGAGCCCUUCGCCAGUUCAUCAGUCUGUGUGUACGGCCCGCUGGAGAACGAGCGCAGCAUCAACCUCCUCUCCUGGGCCCUGCAGCUCCUGGGCCUGUUGCUGAUGUACUCGGGCAUCCAGAUCCAUCCUAUCGCCUUGGCCUUGGUGGUCAUCGCUCUCUGCGCCAAGAACCUGGACUACCCCCUGCAGUGGGCCUUCGCUGCCUACAGGAGAGCACAGAGUGCCAGGCUUGGGCCGAGCCCCCCUCGCCUGCUGACGGAGGAGGAGUACCGGGUCCAGGGUGAGGUGGAGACGCGCAAGGCCCUCGAGGAGCUUCGAAACCACUGCAGAAGCCCGGAGUUCUCUGCCUGGGCUGCAGUCUCCCGCAUCCAGUCUCCCAAGAGGUUUGCUGACUUUGUGGGUGGCGCCUGUCACGUCACCCCCGACGAGAUCUCUGUCCACGAGCGGGAGUACGGCCUGGGUGGCAUCUUCCUUGAGGACCAGCUCUUCGAGGAGGAGGAGGAGGAUGACUGCUUUGAUGGGAAUCACACGAGUUACUUCCUGACCCACAACCACCAGGAUGCUGAUUGA